AUGUGGAACUCGACUACAAGUCAGGCUACUGCUACAAACGACCCAAAUAUUAUGGUAAAGACAAGCGUUAUUCGCGUCAAAUACCCUGAAAAGAAACUAUUACUUAAUACCGAUUCUUCCAAUGAUUCCGGAACCGAGUCGCUUACAUGGAUAUCGUGGUUUUGCUCUCUCACAGGGCACGAUUAUUUUGCAGAGGUUGCCGAAGAUUUCAUCGAAGAUGAUUUCAACUUAACAGGCCUCAAUUCGAUGGUACCAUUUUACAAAGAGGCUUUGGAAAUGAUAUUGGAUGUAGAACCCGAAGAAGAGACGCCGAAAGUCCCGGACGUAUCGAUUGUUGAGAGUUCAGCUGAACUACUUUAUGGACUUAUACAUCAACGCUAUAUUAUAACACGUCAGGGAUUGCAACAGAUGGUUGAAAAGUACGAGUCAUCUCAUUUUGGUACUUGCCCAAGAUACCAUUGUCAAAUGUGUCCUGUAGUUCCGUGUGGUCAGAACGAUAUACCAUCAGUAGAGACCGUUAAAUUAUUUUGCCCUAAUUGUCUUGAUCUGUAUACACCCCCAAGCUCACGAUAUCAUAAUAUUGACGGUGCCUAUUUCGGGACAACGUUUCCGCAUCUUCUUUUCCAGCUGUACCCUGAUUUGCUACCGAGAACGCCGAAUAUUAUAUAUGAACCAAGAAUUUUCGGAUUUAAGGUUAAUGAAGCGAGCCGUAGUGGACCAAGAAUGCAAUGGUUGAGAAUGCGUCCAAACGAAAAUGAGAAUAACGAUGAUCCAGGCCCCGAUUCAGAACUGGAAGGUGGGGAUGAUGAAGGUGGAAAUGAUCCUCAUUUCUUCAAUCAAGGCGAAAAUAAUGGAACACAAUCACAAUUUCCGUCACGUGAUGAAAACCCUGAUGGAAAGAGAAGUGGGAGAGGAUUACAUGUAGCUAGGAAGAUUAUUAUUCCUCGGGAUCAGUCAGUCAAUCGCUUAAAAGAGUGCGUUUCCAGUAAUUCAGAAGGAAAUUUUACGAUGGCCCCAUUAGCAAAGUUAAUUCCUUUUUUAAUGUCACCACCAAUUCCUACUACUCCCACGUCUCCUACAUCACCUACUACUGUCCCUAGUCCAACGGAAUCAACUAUAUCUUUGGCGUCAAUAUCCACCGAUAUAACUGCGUCUUGCCAGCAAACAUCAUUGCUGGAGAAAUUGCCGGCGAGUAGUUAUCUAAGUGGCAACUCCUUUAGCGUAUAUGCUUCAUAUUUCUCCCAGGGAGAGAAACAAACAACUCGGGAAGUGGCGAAUGAAGUAUCGAAAGAGACUGUCGGCGGGGCGGAAGAAAUUAAAAGGAAUGAAACUUCAUCAGAACGAAGAGUAGGUGGACCUAGGAUAAUGGGUCUUGGACUUGCUAGUGUGACAGAAAUGGGCAGGGACUUUUAUGAUAAGUGGACAGCUGGGACUAAUAGUAAAUCAGGUACUAAUGCUGCUACUUCUAAUAACAAUGAUAAGAAAAAACUAGAGACUCUUGCCGAUUAUGGUCGACGACCGGCUGAAAAUCUUUAG